UAAAUGUACACAGUAGAUUUGCAUAUUGACCAAAUUAAAUAUAUUAUAUUUAUUGCCAAGUUAUUUUUUGUAUAAAUACUCAGUAAUGUUAAAGAAUUGACAUCAGUUCAAUACGUUCUGCAAACAAUCACACAACAAACCAAACAAUUCAAAAUGUUCAAAUUCUUCGCUUUGUGCUUGAUGGCUGUUGUUGCCUUGGCUGCUGCUAAACCCGGCAUUGUAGCUCCCUUGGCCUACACCGCUCCCUAUGUAGCUGCUGCCCCAUACACUGCUGCCUACACUGCUGCCUAUGCUGCCCCAUACACCGCCGCUUAUACCGCUCCCUACUACUCUGCUGCCUACACCGCACCCUAUGUUGCAGCUCCCUAUGCUAGCGCCUAUACUUAUCCUUAUGCCGCUUCCUACUUGUUGCGUAAAUAGAUUGGAUUUUAAGGAUUUGAGGAAUUGAACGAAUAUUGUUUUUAUUUUGUUGAU